AUGAAGAGAUCACGCAUGACAGCAGCUGCACAGGGUUCUCGGUGUGGGAAAGACAAGUGGUGUAUAUCUGGAGAGUGUAUCGACAUCGAUGAACAUCCCGUGGUCAUCGAUGGCGGAUGGGGUCCAUGGAGCGAGUACUCUGAGUGUUCCCUGACGUGUGGACGGGCCGUCAAGUCUAAAGAGAGACACUGUAACAACCCAAGUCCAUCUCAUGGAGGAAGAUACUGUGUUGGUGAGAGAAAGAAGUAUACCAUGUGUAAGCUUCAGGAUUGCGUUCAUGAAUCUGUGAGUGUUCGUGCCAUGCAGUGUAGUACCUAUGAUACAAUCCAAUCGAAUGGUACUCAACUCGCAUGGAUUCCAGUCGAUGUCGAAGAUAAACCUUGUGAAUUGUUUUGCAGACGUCGUGAUCAAGCAUUGAUAAAGAAGAAGUCAGUUCACGUGACCAAUGGAACUCCCUGUACUCGCUUCUCACGUGAUAUCUGCAUUGACGGUAUAUGUCAGAUGGUUGGUUGUGAUAAUGUUGUCAGCUCAGGGGCGGUGGAGAACCGAUGCGGUGUAUGCCGCGGGGAUGGGUCAUCCUGCCUUACAAUUCAGGAUAGUUUCAACACGAAGUAUGGACGAGGUUAUGUGGAAAUCACCGUCAUCCCUGCCGGUGCUAGGAACAUCGUGUUGGAUGAAUUGGUCUCUUCCCAAAACUACCUGGCCAUUAGCAAUGCAUCAGGACAUGACCUGCUAAACAUGGAUUGGUAUAUUGAUUGGAGCGGGGAGUAUCAGGCCGCAGGGACCAUUAUCAGCUACGAGAGGAUAGACAACAAAGAACGAGUGGAGAUACUAGGUCCCAUCAGCGAACCACUGCACAUCUAA